GACGUUAUUUAUAAAAUAGAAGGGGUCGGAUGGUGGCGAGGGUUGUUUUUUAUUGUUCACCCAGCAAUAUUUUUUUCGUCGGCUGUGCUCUAUUACUUAGCUAUAUCCCAUUCAAAGAAUAAAUUUGUUUCGUCAUUGUUUGAGUGAAAAGUUGAUAAGUGGCUACUUCAAGAGUAAAACAAAAUGUUAUUGAAUAGAGGCAAAAAUUGAAGAAUAUAGUUUGUUUUUCGGACACUGAUAAUUGUUGUUGCGCAUAUAAAAUUUUCAAAGCUUGUAAUAAUCCAUCAACAUGAUUAAUUGGGAAAUGAGGUAUUUAAUUCUGAUGACAACAUAUGUGGUGGCAGCAUGGGCGAUGGACUCCGUUGUGACAACGGACACUCCGGCACCAGCAGGAGCUGCUGCUCAUGAAACGACUCAAGUAGACACCCCAGUAAAUACACGAAAUGCAGGCGAAGGUGACUUGACAGUGCUGUGUCCCAAUAUGGUACGUUAUGUUUUUGAGAGCGUCAUGCCACAUGAUGAAUUGAAUUCUGGCAUAUUUGAGAAAUAUCCUUCUGCGGAUGAUGCAAAUUCUGGAGGUGAAGUGGACUUGCGUACAUGCGUUGAAGCGUGCUGUGAAAAGGGCCGGAAUAACACUUGCAAUGUGGUCUUCAUGUUUAAGCACAAAUGCUAUCAUGUGCGGUGUGCCAGCAAUGAAGCCUGUUUGCCCAAGGAGCGUAGAUCUUUGCCCGGACGCAUACAAAUGGUUUUGGUCAACCCGGUUAGGGCCGAUGGUGAAAAAGAAAAAUUCUCAUGGUUAGAUUCGUUAAAGGCGUCAAAGGCUUUGAACGAGAUGUUGCCAUUUGAGGAAAGCGAGGGGAAUGAGAACAUAAAUUCGCUUAACUUUUGGAAACAACCACACAAAUUGCCAUACUAUUCUCGGAGUGGAGAAACGGUUGUGCCCAACAACUAUGAUGAGGAUGAUUUUCCCUUGGCCGAAAAGAGGGUGAAGCAAUUGUUAAUGUCAUCACCUUUGGAUGAAAGUGAAGGCAUAUUACCGGAGGAUUUGGCGUAUUAUCGUGCAAACUUAUCGCCUGAGUCAGCAGCCUUGACUAAGUUCUUAACUUGCAACUUGGAUUUGGGUUCCGAGGCAGGUGGUAAUAGAUGUCCUCCAAACGAAGAAUGCAUUUCGGUUGAUGUUAAUACAGGUAUUUGUAAAUGUGUUAGAGGUUUUGUGCGCAACCAUCUGCGUGUCUGUGUCCCAGACUCGAUAGACUACAGUUUGUUGGAUGAGUCGGGAGGAGCACACAAUAUAAUGAUGGCGUCGGCUUCAUCGAACGAGGCCACCACAGUACAGAAACCAGAAUCUGAACCAACACCCAAGACAGACGCGAAUAAAAAGUUAAUGGUCUCGGUUGUAUCGAAAGAAGUUCGUUUGCCCGAAAAAGAAGUAACAUUGGCUGCGUUUACUGUGCCCGACGAAGAGUCAAGCAGUACUAAAUACAAAUAUCUUUGGACACUAAUUAACCAGCCCAAAAGUCCUAUGAAUGGUACCAUAUCUGACCAAAGUCAGUCCAAAGUAAAGUUAUCGAAUUUAUCCGAAGGCCUGUAUACUUUUAAGGUGACUGUGACGGGCGAUAAUGGUACUUAUGGCGAAGCUAUGGCCAAUGUAACAGUUUUGCCUGAGAAACGCAUAAAUCGCGUACCUCAGGUCAUAAUCACCCCCAGCGAACAGACAAUUAGACAACCCACCACUAAUGCCAUUUUAGAUGGUAGUACAAGUACAGAUGAUGACCGGAUUGUAUUGUGGCAUUGGGAAGUUGUUUCUGGUCCAAUAGGAUAUCAACCAAAAUUACCCGAAGUCAAUACACUUCAAUUGACGGAUUUGACUUCUCCCGGAAACUACACAUUCAAAUUGACAGUUACCGAUACGGAUAAUGUGACCAAUUCUACGACAGCAAAUAUAACUGUUCUGAAGGGAACCGAUUAUCCACCUGUUGCAAAUGCCGGGGAUGCAGUCAUCCUGUAUUUGCCCAAUAAUAAUGUAACUCUGAACGGAACUGCCAGUUCCGAUGAUCAUGAAAUUGUGGCCUGGGAAUGGACCAAGGAUGCCAGUGAUGAAGCCAAAGCGGUAGACAUGCAAAAUACUAGGACUCCAUACGUACAGUUAUCCAACUUGGAAGAGGGCAUGUAUACAUUCGUGUUGAAAGUAACAGAUGGCAGUGGACAGUCAAGUACAGCAAAAGUUCAUGUUUUUGUAAAGCCACCAACAAAUUCACCUCCGGUUGCAGUUGCUGGCUCCAACAUGACAAUAAACUUACCAACCAACUGGGUACUAUUAAAUGGAUCUGGCUCGACAGAUGAUAUUGGCAUAAAAUCAUAUGAAUGGAAGGAAGUUUCUGGACCUAAUACAGCCUCUAUCUCGAAAUCAAAUGAAACAGUGGCAAAUGCAACUGGCUUGACUCUUGGUUUAUAUGAAUUCCAAUUGGCAGUAAUGGACGAAAGUAAUAACACGGCUACAGAUAGCAUUUGGGUUAAAGUGGUGCAAGAGAAAAAUUCACCACCUGUGGCCAACGCCGGAGGAGAUCAGAGCAUCACUCUGCCAGUGUCGGCAAUUUAUUUCAAUGGAUCUUCAUCUUCGGAUGACUUGGGUGUGGUGAAAUAUCAGUGGACCCGAGAAGAUGCUAGCUUAGCUGCCGGACAAAUUGUGGGAACGACUGAUAGUAGUCCCGUUAUGAUUCUCACCAAUCUGGUUUCUGGCCGUUAUGUUUUCAAACUAACUGUAAGCGAUGAACAAGGAUUAACAAGUUCAGAUACUGCCAGCGUUUUCGUUCACCCAGACCCAAUGCUUUUGAAUCUUAUCCAACUUACAUUGCCGAUGAAUAUCUCUAUGUUGACGCAUUCCUCUUUGAAUACUAUUGUGCAAAAAAUUGGGCUUCUCAUGGGCGAUAUGAAAGUGCAAGUUCGAGAUUUGCAACAUGAUUCUAGGACAAAUGCAGCCAUAUUGAUAUUUUAUGUUGAGUCUGAAAAAGCUGGAAAAGCUAUACCUGUUGACGGCUUGACCAUUGAACGUCUGCUAAAAGAAAAACUUCAACGCGAUGCCUCUAUAUUGGGUACAGUGUUUGCUGAUGUUCGUACUGUGGUCUGCCAGAAUCCAUGUUCGGGCCAUGGUGUUUGCAACUCGGAUACCCGUGCUUGUUUUUGUGAAGCUUUUUGGAUGCCUUCAUUUGGCUACUUCUGGGGAAUAGAGGAGGCCAAUUGCGAUUGGUCCGUACUUUACGUUUUUGUGGGUGUCAUAGUGACUUUACUGAUGCUUUCUGCUCUAUUUUGGGGCAUUGCUAUUGCCUGUCGUCAAACCAAGAAACCUCGUUCACGACCAAAAGUGCAAAAAUACUCCCUAAUUGGCACACAGGAUGAAGAAGCGCCCAGUUAUUCGCGAACAUCACUGACGGAUUCUGAGACUGAUUCGGAUGUUCUAUUUGAAUCGCGUUCAAAAUCAAAUGGAAUUUUGCGUUUGAAUGGCGUAUCCAAGAACAAGCAUAAUGGCCAUGAUCGCAGCAAAUACACAGGGAAACAUGGACGUAAAGUUAAGACGUAAAUAUAUAUUUCUAAACGACGUAAGCUAAGCAAACAAACAAACCAACUUUAUUAUUAUUAUGUUUAUGUGAUAGUUUUCUUAAAUAUUGCUUUUUCUUUAAGGGAACGUAUAUUGCCCGUAUGUAUGUAUAUGUAUGAAUGUAACGAUCUGUAUGUUCCUUGUCUUAAACUUAUGUAUUGUAUGUUCCUUUUGUGUUCAAAUUAAUUUAGUAUUAAUUUAAACAUACAUACCUUAUUAUGCUUAUUUUCAUAAAUACAUGUAAACAUAUAUAUUAUUUACGCACAACUUUAUGUAUCAUGUUAGAAGCGAAGAACACCAUUCCACUUUUAAUUGUAACACAGACUUUCAUGUUUUGUUAUUGAUUUAGAACUACGCUUCAAUAGAUGAAUAUUGAAACAGCUUUCUCCAGAAGAAAACAAUUCCGACUCAACAUGCCAUUUCAACAUUGUCCUUGUUGUUAUUUUACAGUAUUUUAAACUACUUCAAAGUUUUCGACAACAAUUGCUAAUUUAUUAUGUUUAAAUAUUCAUUCCAUUUAAGUGCAAUAUUAAAGCUAUUCCAGUUCAGUAGUUUUAUUGCAUAUGUAAGUCUGAUAAUUAUUGCCCAUGACCAUCAAUUUAUGUAGUUCUACUUUUGUCCAUUUUCACUUUCAUUCCAAAUGUGCUCCAACACAUUUAAUCACUUUAAAAUAAAUUUUAAAAACGUAAUAUUCUGCUUAUUCCCGUAGAAAGUAUACCGCACUCAAUCACCAUUUAACAAACCCAUAACAGAAAGAUACAAAAUGUAACUAGUCAAUGGAUUUAUAGUGGUACGCAAUGGGAUGUUUUAAGCUCUAGUGUGUGUGAGUUUUGUGGACUUCUGCAAAUUGAGAACGUAAAAUACAAAAUAUUUAAAAAUAAAUAGUAUUGGGAAUUUCUAGAAAUUUUUCGGUCACAAAAAUUAAAAAAGAACAAACAAUAUUUUAUGUAUGUACCUUCUGAAUAUAACUAAACAUUUAAUAUAUAUUUAUUUAUUUUUUUAACUCAUACCACCCAUUCGCACUUACAUUUAUUUUGAAUUGUACUUAUGUAGUAGACUUUAAGAAAAAAUCUAACAUAUGUAUGUAUUAUUACUAUAACUGUGUAAAAAAUGAAUAAUAAAAUACAUGCUUAAUAAAAUAACAACGAUAA